CCGAACCUAGUCUAGCCUAGCACUCCGGACUUGCCGAUGACGGCCGACCGAUCGAGUUGAACCCCAUCACAUGUCGCCAACUUUUACCUCCACUUCUGCUCUCCACUCGCUCGCUCGUGCACACAACAGUCCCAGUGAUGCGGGGACUCACCGCCCUCCGCGCCAGCGCCUGCCGGCGGCCCGUAGCCCGCGCGUUGUCAACAAGUGCGCGCGCCUCAGCCCCGCUCGCCAAGCCGCGGAUCGACUACGCGCGCUUCCUCUCGGACCCAGAAGCGACGUCGCGGAACAUUGUCGAGCGCGCGCUCCCCCUCGCGGCGGACCACGUCGAGCGGCUGCGCGCCGCGCGCGAGGCGCAGCUCGGCGCCGAGCACUCUUUGAAUGACGCGCGCGCCGCCCAAGGUGUCGCGUCCGCCGUUCUCAAGGACAAGAGCAAGACUGGCGCCGAGAAGCAGGUCGCUAUCGCACACGCCAAGCUCCUCAAGGACGAGGUCCAGAAGCUGGAAGCCGCGCACGCCGAGGCCGAGCGCGCGCUGCUCGAACUCGCGCUCGUGCUCCCCAACUUUUCUCACCCCGCCACUCCCAUCGGUGCGGAGGAGAACGCGACGCUGCUGGAGAGCUUUGGCCCCGCGCCGCUCCCUACGUCCGAGGCGCGCGACCACGUCCGCGUGACAGAAGCCUACAGGUGGCUUGACCCCGCGGCGUCGGCGACGACGACGGGGUCGUCCUGGCCGUUCCUCCUCGGUGCGACCGCGCAGCUCGAGCACGCGCUGAGCGGGUACGCGCUCUCGACGGCCAUCAAGCACGGGUACACGCCGGUCUCGCCGCCCGAGGUCAUCUCGGCGGACGUGGCGUGGCGCUGCGGCUUCCAACCGCGCGACGGCGACAACGGGCCGCGGCAGACGUACUUUCUCGAAAGCGAGCACGGCGACCACGCGCACAAGCAGCUGUGUCUAGCGGGCACGGCCGAGAUCCCCCUGGCCGCGAUGAACGCCGGCCGCACGCUCGCGCACGCGCAGCUGCCGGUGCGCUACGUCGGCGUCGGGCGCGCGUUCCGUGCUGAAGCCGGCGCACGCGGCGCCGACACGCGCGGCCUGUACCGCGUCCACCAGUUCACCAAGGUCGAGCUGUUCGCGAUCACGGCGAGCGGGGGCGGGAAGAGCGACGCGGUGAUGGAGGAGAUUAGGGGGAUACAGAAGGAGAUUGCGGAAGGGUUGGGGUUGAGUGUGAGAGUCCUCGACAUGCCGACCUCAGAGCUCGGAGCGUCUGCGUCGCGCAAGUACGACAUGGAGGCGUGGAUGCCCGGGCGCGGCAAAUGGGGCGAGAUCACCUCGACGUCGAACUGCACAGAUUACCAGGCGCGCAGGCUGGGGAUCCGGUACAAGGACGGCGACGGGCUGCACUUUGCGCACACUCUGAAUGGGACUGGCGCGGCUGUCCCGCGCCUCAUUGUCGCGCUGCUUGAGAAUGGGGUGCGGCUCGGCGCUGAGGGACAGGUCGAGGGGGUCGACUUGCCUCAGGUUCUGAGAGCAUUCUGGCUCGGGCCGGAGAAGGACGGCGACGGGGACGUUAUUCGCUGGGUUUAGGGAGCACUGGCACGUAGCAUACACCAUUCUGCAU